AUGGCCACAUACAUAAUCAUGUCUUACUUACCCACACCGGACGCUGCUCAUGUAUUGAAAGGGGAGAGGGUGUAUUUCGCACAAGGUCAUUUCGAUGAUGAUAUUGGUGAUGUUUUGAGAGGUUUAGUCAAGCGACUCGGCGCGAUCCAUGUCACUUCGAUAAAACAAAGUACCAUCUUCAUUCAUAAUCCACUCCUUCCCAUACUUUCAUCCGACUCUACCAACAUUCCUUCUUCCCCUGUACCUGAAAUCAGACCAUAUCAUUGGUUAUCAUUAUGUUUGAACGCACUUACAAGAGUCACGCAACCUACUCAUUUACCUUUUUUCGUUCAUCCUGGUUCUUCCUCAUCUUCAACUCUUCCUACUCCUUCAUCAAAUUCACGUUUACCUGAACCUACCACUCAACAUGAACUCGAAGUCAAACCGAUUGUACAUCAUGACGACAUAGAAAACAAGGUCGAAACCACUGUACAACAUGUAGACUCGAAAGUCAAAGUUGAGAAAAGUACUUUGAGUAACGAAAAGAAAAGAAAGAAAAAUACUCCUUUGAAAGUAUGGGUAUCUGUCAAUUUAGCUCGUAUGGUCAACGAGAUGCACGGUCUUGAAGCUCAAGCCACAGUGAGAAAAUUAUUAGAAUAUGGAGGUGCACUAAGUGUUGAUAAAAGAUCAUCGGCGGACGUUCUGGUAGUUGAUCGUGAUAGUAAUUUCUUUAGGACGCAGAUUAUGCCGGAAAGAGAAAGGAAUGGUAGGUUUUGGCAGAAAGUAGUAGAGAGAGAUUGGGUAGAAGCUUGUGUUAAAGAUGGUAAAUUGGAUUGGAAGGAUGAUCAGAGUAUCGAUGAAGUUGUGGAAACAGUGGAAGAGAAAGGAAUGAACUUAGAUGGAGAUGGGAGCGAAAGAAGUGGAAUAAGAUCGAAUGGAAAUGGAAACAACAGAAAUGUUGAUGAAGAUGGGGUAAACGGUGAAAAUGGGAUAAAAGGUGUGAAUGACGGGGAAAGAGCUGGAGGAAAGAGGGAUGGUGAAGAGGAUGGAAGAAGAAGAGAUGAUCAAGGUAGCGAUCAGGAUGAAGUGGACAGUAUGAUAGCGGAGGAUGAAAUCGUUAGUAGAGGUCCAGGAAGACCUACGGGAAAACCUAGAGUGGAUUAUACACCAGAGGAUGACGAUUUUCUUUGUCGAUACCUCGCUGCUUAUCAUCCUGGGGGUUCAUGGCAGAGUAGGAAAACUUAUUCUAAUCUGGUGGGUGAUGUCUCACUUAUCAUGUGUUCUGUUUUCUUCUCAACUCUUACAUUACAUCUUCACUUGUUUUCUCUUUCCGGACGGAUAGGAGUAGAGGCUUGGGGUUUGACCUUCGAGGCGGGUAUCCCAGAUAUCUCGAUGGAACAUCAAUUCCCUAUCAUCGGUAGACAUUCCGAUCAAUCAUGGCAUGAAAGGUUCAAAAGGAAUCAAGUUGUGUUCACGAGACGUAUCGAGCGUUUCAGAGCCGCUAGGAUUGAUCGCGACACUUUAAAGACUAAAGCUGAGCAGGAAAAAGAGAUGGAGAAAGAGAGAACCAGAGAGCAGGAAAAGAUCAAGCAGAGGGAGAAAGAGAUUGAAGGAAGAAAUGAGAUUAUGGGGACGAACGAAAAUGUUGUCGUUUCGAUCAAAGAGACAACCUCGACAAACCCAUCUGUUCUUGCUGCUGCGACUGGGAGUAGCGGUGAUAUCGAUACUGCUCCUCUUCCUCCCGUCGCGCCCAAUGCCAGGUCAGCGAAUAUCGACACAACAGCUCCUAUUGCGGGUACUGGACCAGGAACGGCAGCUUCACGUGAGAAGACACAUGAGCAAGAACACGUGGAUAUGCAGGAUGAAGCUAAUCGGGAACGAAAAGGUGUCGACGACAUGACCCCACCCAUGAUUGUCCUUUCUUCCUCAUCGAUAAUUGUGAAUGUCAAUGAACAAACUCCUCUGGACCAACUUGUGGAUCGAGCUUUGGUGGGAGAUUUACUUUUACCUUCUUCUUCUCAAAUGCAAGUGGACGAUAAUAUCACAACUCCUAUUCAUUCUCCUAUUCCUGAACCUUCACAUCAAACCACGAAGCAUGAUCCAGCAGUAGUACCCAAUAUGGAGAAUAUUCCGAGCAUUCCAUCUCAUCAAUUUCCACCAGAAACAAUGACGUUCACAUUUGGAAUCGCCUCAUCUUCGAAGAAUACCCAAAUCGGUUUCCCAUCUUAUCCUAUCUCCACUCAACCUACUUUACCCUUACGAGACCAAAGAAGAUCAACAUCAAGUUCUCAUACUCCUCGAAAGAAAUUGAGAUCUAUGAAAGAUGAACUUGUUGAAAUUGAACUACGACGUCACUCUUCUUCUCAUAAACGAUUACAAUCUCCUUUUUCAUCAACUCCACAAAUCAAUAAUCGUCCCGAAUCUCCCUCCAUGACGAACAAGACAAUCCCCCAGAGAAGAAAUGAAGAAGAAGGAUUUGAACAUGAACAUGAGCAUGAUCAUGAACAAAUACUGUCAAAUACGAAUAUCCCAAUUCCCAUUCCUCCCGAAUCAUCAACUUCUUAUCUACCUGUUUUUGAAAAUAUAAGAAAAAGAAAAUCGAUAACACCUCAACCUGUCACACCGACCGAGAGAGUGGAAAAGUAUGUGAAAGGAAAGGAAAUAGUGGUGAGUAUGAAAGAAAUGUACAGGAAGAAAAUCUCAGAACUUAGUAAGAAAUAUGGUGUGAGACCAACGGGUUUAAUGGAGGUGAUUGAUAAAUUACCUAAAAGUCAAAUAGGUGGGAAAACUUAUUGGCAAGAUGUUGAAAGAGGUUUAGAGGUUUAUUUUAAGACAUGA